AAAAGAUUCUCCGGCUUCACUGAUUCUGAAUCACGAGAAAGCCUUUUCAUUUGAAAUACCCAACAAUCAUUGCUGCUGAAAUCUAAGCUAGAUUGUUUCUGUAUAAUGGGAUCAGUGGUUAAAGAUGAAGAAAUGUCGCCUCCUGUCAAGAAAUUAUCAUCUCUUCGACUAAAUUCGCCGCUGGCUCAAGUCAGCCUCAUCGGUGUGGUCUGUUUCUGUUGCCCUGGAAUGUUCAAUGCAUUAUCCGGCAUGGGAGGUGGAGGUCAGAUCGAUUCCACCGCUGCUAACAAUGCAAACACAGCUCUCUACACGACUUUCGCCGUCUUCGGUGUCCUCGGCGGUGGGAUCUACAACAUCCUCGGCCCACGCGCCACUCUUUUCGCCGGAUGUUCAACCUACGUCCUCUACGCCGGUGCUUUCCUCUAUUACAAUCAUUACAAACAUCAGACAUUCGCUAUCAUUUCCGGUGCCAUUCUUGGUGUCGGCGCUGGCCUUCUCUGGGCUGGACAAGGCGCGAUCAUGACAUCUUACCCACCGACUAAUCGGAAAGGAACUUACAUUUCUCUCUUCUGGACAAUCUUCAAUCUCGGCGGCGUCAUGGGAGGACUCAUCCCUUUCAUUCUUAACUACCAUCGAACCGCCGACAGCGUGAACGACGGGACUUAUAUUGGAUUCAUGGCUUUCAUGUCAGCCGGAACCCUACUCUCUCUAGUGAUCCUCCAUCCGAGUAAGGUGAUUCGAAACGACGGAAGUGGGUGCACGAACAUAAAAUACUCAAGCGUGGCAGUUGAAUCAGCAGAGAUUCUGAAGCUGUUCUUGAACUGGAAGAUGCUGUUGAUGUUUCCGGCGGCUUGGGCGAGUAAUUUCUUCUACAGUUAUCAAUUCAACAACGUGAACAAGUUUCUGUUCAACCUGAGAACUAGAGGGCUAAACAAUGUGUUUUAUUGGGGAGCUCAGAUGAUUGGGUCAGUUUUGAUUGGAUACGUGAUGGAUUUUAGUUUUAAGAGCAGAAGGGUUAGAGGGUUGGUCGGAGUUGGGUUUGUUGGGGUAUUGGGUAGUGUGAUUUGGGGCGGCGGGUUGGCGAAUCAGCUUCGUUAUGAACGGGAUGAUAAGCCGUGGGACCUGGAUUUCAAGGACUCUGGCAGUGUAUUUGCUGGUCCGUUUGUGUUGUAUUUUAGCUAUGGUCUUCUUGAUGCUAUGUUUCAGACAAUGGUGUAUUGGGUGAUCGGAGCUCUAGCCAAUGAUUCUGAAACUCUCAGCAGAUAUACAGGAUUCUACAAGGGAGUGCAGAGUGCAGGAGCAGCAAUUGCAUGGCAACUGGACACACAAAAGACAUCUUUUUUGGCUCAAUUUAUUACAAACUGGUCGCUGACGACUAUAAGUUAUCCACUUUUGGCGUUGCUGAUUCUGCUUGCAGUGAAGGAUGAUGAUGAUGAAGAUGAUGAACAGUCAAAACAAAAGAAAGCAGAUGAAUCAAUUUCUCUUUCAAAGGUGGGAUGAUGAUGAUGAUGUGUAGUAGAGUAGAAAUAUAUACUCUAAUUAAUGUAUUAUAUGAACUUUCUUCCAGGAUUGUGUUUGCUUUUUGCAAACAAACAGAUUGCACCUUUUUCAGAAGAAAAAAAAGUGUCUUUUCCAUUGUC